CUUCACUGGUUGUCAAAAUGCGCCAUUUUAUCUAACUUCUCGGGAGUGUUUGGUGCAAUGCUAUGAAGUUAUUUAUUUUGUCCGGUACAAGAAGAAUGUAGCAACGUUUGCAAAUUUGAAAAUAUUGUGGACUUUAAUUCUAUUAAUUAAAUACAAGGAUGACGUUGUUGAGCUGCCCUUUUUGUUGCAACGAGAAAUUCUCGUCGCAUUCCGCACUAAAGUACCAUAUACUGAGUAUUGUGGACAAUUUGUUGUGCCCUGCUUGCAAUAGCAGGUUUGAAAGUCUUAUAGAAUUAGCAGAGCAUGUAGGCAGAGAAUGCAAGGACGAGCCUGAGACCCCCAUAGUUAUAAAAAUAGAAAAUGAGGAGGUAACAAAUGAUGCAUUUGAGGCACAAGAUAGAACUGAAGAAAAUCAUGAAGUAGAAGAGACAAUUGAAAAUAUUCAGUUGCAUAUUGAAGAGGGGUCAAACAGUGUAAACCAAAGUAUUCUAGCGCAAGCUUUAAUGUCAAAUAGUGAGAAUGUGGAUGAAAGUGAAGAUAACCCAGAAGAAACUCUUUAUAAUUGCCAAAUGUGCGAUAUGAAUUUUAAUAAUAUUGAAGAACAUUUACAGAAUUAUCAUGAGGGAGAAGAAGUAGUAUUGGAAACUGAAGCAGUGGAAGAAAAUGACGAUCUUAAAAAUGAACUGGCAACGUACGAAAUGCAACAAGAUGCUGAAGACCAAGAAGAAGAUGAAGAAGAAGAAAACACCCAGCAACCCAACAAAAAUAAGAUGGUAUUGGAUGAAGCACAAUGCAUGGACAAAGAGGGAAGAUUAUACACGAGAAAGGUGGUGAAAAUCGAUAAAUUCUGGGAAGUGGAGGAUAACGCGGUUGAAUUGCAACCACCAACAUCGCAAAAAUACAUUAUAAAUAAUGGAAAAAUACAAGUCUUAACAGAGGAAGAGGUCGAAGCAAUCGAAAUGGAGGGCAAGGAAAAAGUUGUGACUGUUUUUAAAUGCGAUCUAUGCUCGUUGCAGUUUCCCAGUACUGAAAAUUAUUACAAACAUAAAUGUUCGUGGUCGAACACGAAGUUUAAGUGCACGCACUGUAAGGCUAUAUUCACUAAUUAUAAGUCGUUGCAUAAUCACAUGAAAUAUCACGUUAAUAGAGACCCUAGCGGGGAAGUGCGUAAAACAGUCACGCUGGGACCGUUCUUAUGCGAAGUUUGCAACACGAUGUUCCCCAGUUUCAAGUCGUUAAGGUUGCACAAGCGUAUGCAUGAUCCCAUAAAAACCAAAGAACCCGAGGCGCCGGUGAAUUACACGAUUUCCGGUGAGACAAUCGACGUCAACAGAGAAGAAAACAUCCGUAGCAUGUUCGUGUGCAACGUUUGCAACAACACCUACGACAAAGAGUACGAGGAGAUCCACAUGAAGUCGCACACAAACGACAACAACUACGACUGCGACGUGUGCAACCGCAAAUUCUACACGCAAGAAAACCUGGACAUGCACAUGAAGGCGCACAGCAACGGAAAAAAAUUCGCCUGCUCGUACUGCAAGAAGGGCUUCAUCUCCUUCGACUCCCUCCAGGAACACGUGAAAAAUCAGUGCCAAAAACGUCGCUACGAGUGCCAGUAUUGCGGCCGAAGGUUCGCGAGGCCGCACGAGAAGGUCAAGCACGAGCGCAUCCACACGGGGGAAAAACCGCACGUGUGCCAGCUGUGCGGCAAAUGCUUCAGGGUGUCGUACUGCCUGACGCUGCACAUGCGCACUCACUCCGGCCAGCGGCCGUACCACUGCGCGCACUGCGACAAGCGGUUCAAGUCGCACAGCGUCUACAACCACCACCUGCUGACGCACUCGGAUUUCCGAGGGUACCCUUGUCCGUAUUGCCCCAAGGCGUUCAAAACUAGCGUGCAGCUGGCGGGGCACAAAAACAGCCACACCAAACCGUUCGCGUGCAAGGAGUGCAACCGGCCGUUCGCGUCUCUGUACGCCGUAAGGGCCCACAUGGAGACGCACAAACGGGAGAACAACUUGAAGUACGACUGUUAUUUGUGCGGCGCAUCGUACGCGAGGUCGUUCGCUUUGAGGGACCACAUGAAAGCGCAACAUGGCGGCGACGAGGCCAACAGCGAAAUCCUCGGCAUGCCCGAAAACAACGAGGAUUUGUUCAUCGAACUCGAAACGGCGGUCAGCACGCAAGCGAUCCAGACGGAAAUGGAAGUGGAAGUCGAGCAGGAUGGUUAAAUUGUGUGUUUUUAAUUAUGUAUAUAGACAGUGAAUAAAUAUUUAUUAAGUACCU